AUGGCGGGAGGACAGAGUCGGUGCGUGGACCGGUUCUUUGAUCCAAGCGAAGCUGAACGCGGGGGGAGAGAAGACAACGGAGAAAACUCGAGAGAAGCGAGAGAAGAGAGGCGAACCAAGGAGACGGUGGAGAGAAGAGAGAGAACGAACUUACAUCUGACUGGAGUUCUCUUCUCUCUGAAUCUUUUGAAGAGCGCAGAGGCGAGAAAGCAGUCUCUCGCUCCUUUCACAGGUUUGCUCGCUUCCCUCCUUCUCUCCAUCCUCAGUCUCUCUCGAUUCUUCGCAUGCUUCAACGAGAGACUGAAACCUCGUCCUGCGUCUGCAGAGGGCCAGUCGUCCGAAGGCGCAAGGAGGGGGGCCAUCGCGGAAUGUGCGAAAGCUUUGAAGUCUGCCGGGCGUUCUUCUCAGUUGAUUGACGCGAAUCCGAAUACUCCGCCAACCGAUUUAACCGUCAACGACUCCCGAUCAGCGCCCGGUACAUCGAGGGGAGAUUCACGACGACUUAAAGAAAAAAGCGGUCUAUCCGUUUCCUUUCGUCACACAGAGCAGCAUCUCCACAACUCGCGAUGGACGAUUCCUCAGACGAAAAAAUCCCUUCGACCUUCUUCCACCAUGACACUCCGUGUGGGGUGGUGGGCAGCGGCGGCAGACGUUGCGCUGCUUCUCUUCUUUGCGCUCUGUGGUCUCUCUCCGUUCUUGCUUUUCUUUGUCUCUUCUGCUCUCUCUCCUAGUCUUUUUCGUAAGUGCAAGAGCGCUGGAGAACGCCCGCUGCUCCUAGCGCUUCCUCUCCUUUCUCUCUCUCUCCUUGGCCUUCUUGAACACUGCGGCUCCCCCCUUCCUUCGGAUCCGUCGUUGCCGCCCCCAUUCUCUCAGGAUUCUUUCUUUUCGGUCUCGCUUAGGCGCGCUGCAGAGACGACCGAUGAACUUUCACCACCGGGGUUCAGCUGCGCUCUUCCGACUCUCCGGUCUGCUGUGCGGACUUCCUCUGGGAAGUCUCUUCGGUCUUCUCUGCGAGUGUUGCGACUCGAUCCUCUCGCGCCUCGAGCUCUGUCGCGCGAGCAGUUUUUCUCCUCUCUUCUGUCGUCUGUCAGUCCCGAGUUGACGCGAUCUCGCGUUCUCUCUUUUGCGUCUCUCGUCUCCUUCCUAGCGUCGCUCUUUCACUCUCUAUCCCCCCCGUCCCCCUCUGCUCCUCAUGUCCUCCUCACGGCUCUCCCCCUCCGUGCAGAGGGCGCAGCAGGUUUUGCGCAGGCGGCCUGUCUCUCUGCUACCUGUGGCGCCGACCCGGUUCUUCAGUCAUCUCCCUCUCCGCCGCCUUCUCUUUCGUCUGCCUUCGCGCCCAGAUCUCACCGUCGCUCUCUUCCGUCACGCAACUCGAGCGCCGCUGUGUCGUCCUCUCUCUCUCCUUCCUCGCUGUCUCCUUCCUCGCUGUCUCCUUCCUCGCUGUCUCCUUCCUCGCUGUCUCCUUCCUCGCUGUCUCCUUCCUCGCUGUCUCCGUCUGCCUCGUGUCGCCCUUCGUCUCUGCGUUGCUGCUCGAGAGGUCGCGUUGCCCCUGCGCUUCUCUCGACGUUGUUCGCCUUCUCGCCUAGGAGUUCCUUGACUCCUGCGCCCUCACGAGUUCUGUCGUUGUGCUGCCCUCGCGGCCCAUAUGCUCUCUUGUCCCCGCUUCGGAUGGUUUGUCGACCUUCCUCUGAUCCGCCGGCUGAAAGCGAACAAACCGUUUCUCUCUGUCGGCCGUCGUUGCCCCCUUCGCGUCGCUCCCUGUUUUCUUCCUCCCUUAGAUGUCCGUGUUCAGUUCUGCCCUCUCCCUCCGCUUCUCUCUCCUCUUCUCUCUCUUCUUCUCUCUCUUCUUCUCUCUGCUCAGCGUCUGCUUGUCUCUCUCCUGAAACGUCACCCUCUUCUCUUCCUUCGUCUUCUCGUCCUUCCUCUGCUCCUUCUUCGUCUCCUUCAUUCUCGUCUCGUUCUCCUUCCCUUUCUUCGUUGUCUCCUUCCUUGGCGUCCAGCUCUGCGUCUGCUUUCUUCCGUUCUCUUUCGCGCGAGGCUGGUCAACGGGGCGACUCUGCGUUUUCGCUGUCUCCGUCCGCGUCGUUCCUCUCUCGGGAGUGGCCAAUCUACGGACGCGAUCACAUGGCGCGUCUCCCUCGGACCCGCGUCCUGCUAGUUGGGCUCCAAGGCGUCGGCGUGGAGACCGCGAAGUGCCUCCUUCUCGCCGGCGUGGGGAGACUGUCUCUCCUUGACAGCGAGCCCCCAAGCGGACCUGAGGAGGCCAGUGCGAACUUCGCCAUACCCAGUGGAAAUGUCGACACAGUUCCUUUGCAAGGCGGCGGCAGUCUUGAAGAAGCAGGAACGCUAAACGGCGAAACAGCGGGAAGCCGAGGAGCUCCGUGCGUCCCCAGAGGGGAGACAGAGGAGGGGGGGGAGCAGCAGAUCAAAGGGAGAGACACCAACCCACAGCCAAGUCCAGAUGUCUCUGCAGAACGCAAUGCGGAGACCUCUUAUCGAAGGCAUGAAGCUGCUUCCCGAGCUGAACUGGCUUACUCAGCGCUCGAGCGGCUAACUCUCCCUCAUUCUCAGCUUGAGAUCAUCACAAAUGCAACAGGCGCGGAGACAGUGGGACUCGACGAGAAGGCUGGCGUAGUCACAGGGAAGGCCUGGGGAAACCUAAAAGACUUGCUCGCUUCGACAGACGUCGUUGUUCUCUCCAAUCGCCCAAUAGACGAGGUUAUCUACUUCAACCGCCUCUGCAGGGAAAUCCAGAGAGAGCGGAGGGAGGCGGGGCGACGCGCCUCAGCCGCGGCGCCGGCAAGGACAUCGGGAAAGCAAUCAACAGAGACAGGAGACGAAUCAGAAGAGCCGCGAACUUCUCCGCCUUCCUUUGCGUCGCCUGAAGUGUCUCCAAAGAAGGCUUUCGACUCGGUGAGUCGGCUUCAAGGAGGCACUCGAAGCCUCAAGGAGACAGCUGAGGAGGCAGGUAAAGAGACGCCUGAGACACUGAAGGAGACAGGGGAGGAACCAGCGGUCGCGGGAUUACGGAGGGACGGACCCUAUGUGGUAGCUGUGUGGGCUGUGGGGUUGGCAGGGAGACUGUUCGUGGACUUCGGAGACAGUUACCGUUUCGGACCUCCGACAGAUGCGCACAUCGAUUUGCCUCUCGCGUCUCGUUUUUCAAAUCCUGCGCUUCCUUCGGCUGAAGAGGCCGAGGGAGCUCGGAAGCGUCGCCAUAGUCGAGACGCAGGGCGAGAAGACGGACAACGCGGAAUGCUGGGAGCGGAGGAAAGAAGCCGUUUAGAACAAGGAAAAAAGAAUCGGGGGAGACAACGAGAUGUGGGUGACAACGCGGGGGCUCCUAGGAAUUGCCGGCUCCAUUUUAAGCCACUCGACGAGGCGCUGGAGGCCUUCCAGGAGUCCCCCGGGGUCCCGACGCUGCCGGCAGAGCACGCGCAUGAGUCUGAGGAUUCUCCGAGCCUACCGCCAAACACAGGAGAUCGAGGAGAGGAAGACGAGGAGACGAAGAGACAACGGAUGCUCCACGUCUCGUUCCGCGCCUUGGACUCGCUUCUCCUAAAGCGGAGAAAACGCCACGGUUGUUCAUCUCCGGUGGAGGGGCCCUCGGGCGACUCCAUUGAACCGGAAAACUUUCGGGGCUGCCAUCCUUCUUUCGCUCCUUCACCAGCAACUGUCCAGCCUUCGUCGCCUCUGGCGAGUUCGUCGGCGGAGCUGGGACGUUUCGUUGCCUCUUUUUCGACUCGCAGCGAGUCUCGAGGCUAUACGGACAUCGACGGCACACCCGCGUCUGGCAAGGCUCCUCUGCAGGACUCUGCUGCUGCUUGUCUCGCUCACAGACUCCCGGCAGAGGAGGAAGCAGCGGAAAGGCGUUUUGUAGCAGAAGAAGCGGUUCGGCUGUGGCGACAAAGAAGGGGAGUCACAGCCUCAGAGCCCCCCGGGGAUCCGGGGACUCGGGCAGGCGAGAGGGCGCUGCCAGGAGGCGAAGGAAAUCGGAAGGACAGUGGCGGAGGCGGCAGCGGAUGGAAGCACGACAGCCAAGCGAGACAGGAUGCACACAACCGAGAGACACCACGAAGAGUAGAUCGAGAUCGCGAAGAGAACGAGAGGGAGGAAGAACGCGUUCGUCAAAUUGCUGGAGACUUGUAUCGGAGUGCGGAGGGUCAUCUCGCGCCCAUAGCCUCGAUUAUGGGAGCCCUCGCUGCACAGGAAGCCAUAAAGGCGCUCAGCGGACGCUUCACACCUUUCCACCAGUUUUUCUACUUUGACGCUCUUGACAUUCUCCCCGUCCACGAAGUCUCUAAAGUCCAUUCUCCUCACGGCGACGUCUCGCGGUCUCUGCGUGCGUCUUCCUCUUCUCUUCCAUACACUUCUCGUUCUUCGCCUCUCUGGUCUUCUCCCUCUUCUUCUGGUUCUUCUCCUUCUUCGCCUGCUUGCUGUAGAGCACCGACUUGUCCCUUCGGUUGUUUUCCUCCGCGUUCCUCUCGCGCGGCAUGUUCGCUGCCGCGGUGGAUUGGCCAAGAGCGCCUUCUCGGCGAGUUUGUGCAGAAACGCUUAGGGACGCUUCACCUUUUCCUCGCGGGGGCAGGCGCUGUGGGGUGCGAACUCUUGAAGCUUUUCGCUUUGAUGGGCGUUGGCUGCGGGCCAGCGAUGCCAAGAGGAAAAAGAGGAACUGCGCAGAAGCCGACGCGCCUCCACAGAGGUCCUCCGAAGGCCGGAGGUGCAGCGCAGAGCACAAACGACAGGGACUCUGCCGAGGAGCGCCAGCAGGCGGACAGGCGCCGAGAGGGAGGACAGGAGAGACGAAGGCCACUGGACACCGGGGGAGAAACCAGAGGCGAUGCAGACGGUGAGGAAGACAGGAACGGAGGGAGCAAGGAAAAGGCUAAAGAGGCAGGAUUCGAAAACCACCCAGAAGAGAGAGGAGAAGAGGAAGAAGAAGUCGAAGAAGGAUGCAUCACAGUAGCAGAUGCAGAUUUGGUGGAGCGUUCGAAUUUGAAUCGCCAGUUGCUGUUCACUGAGGCAGAUGUGCACCGGCCGAAAGCGGUGGCAGCCGCGCAUGCAGCUCGACGGUUGAAUCCUGCGCUGCGGAUUCGACCUGUCUGUGCAUUUGUGGGGACGGCGACGGAGCGCGAGGUCUUCAACUGGCCGUUUUGGAAAAGACAACACCUGGUGGCCAUGGCGCUCGACACGGUGGCAGCGCGCAUGUAUCUCGACUCUCAGUGUCUCCUCUACCAGAAGCCUCUCGUCGAGGCAGGGACGCUUGGUCUCAGAGGUCACGCACAGGCCCUGGUGCCUCACUUGACGGAGUCGUAUGGAUCGACGGCAGAUCCCCGUGGUGACGACGACGAGGGACCGCAGGCAACUUGCUCUGUCCGCCUGUUCCCUUCUUCGCCGCUUCAUCUUGUGCAGUGGGCUAGCGAAGCUUUCCAUCGCUUUUUUGUUGCUUUGCCUGAGAGCAGCAACGCGUUUCUCGUCGAUCUGCAUGCACUCACAUCCCAGAGAACGCGCGGAGGCCCCGAACAUGCAAGCUUCGGCAAGCGACAGGCCGCGCAGAAGACGGAGGCGGGCGUCAGCCGUUCAGACGCAAACCCAAUUGACGCAGCGACUCAACGGCGGCAAGACAAGCGACUCUCCGAGGAGGGGAGACGCGCCGAUACAGAGAUGAAGGAUAACGAAGACUCUUUCCAGGCUGCUGCGGCAGCGUUGUGUGAGUCUCCAAAGGGCCGCAGAGUGUGCGCCUUUGCGCCGCGAAGGUUUGGGGAAGCAGGCGAAAGUUCUUCAACUUCGCUCGGAGCAGUCCAGACUCCCAGCGACAGCCAGAGCAGAGACCCGGGGGAAGCGAAGGACUCGGUCGUGGUGCCGAGGGAGGCACUUGCGAAGGCAAUUCUGGAUUCGCCUCCUCUGCGAGAGGUGGCGAGUCGAAGCCUCGAACUAGCCGACAUCUUGGGGGCGGCCCUCGACGCUCGCCAUGUCCUCCGACUUCGUAGUCGUCGCCACGGAGAAGAAGGCGACGAAGGCGAAGGAAAAGAGGGAAGACAGAAAGAAGGUGGACGAGGAGGAGAAGGAAGGGACGAUGCUAUGAAGGAGAAGUUAUUGUGUUUCUUCGUCGACCGCGCACUCGGGCUCUUCCAUAAGUUUUUCGUGGCCGAGGUCGAAGGCCUCAGAGCGACGUCGGAGAGUGAAGAGAAAGCCGGUGAUGGUGAAGAGGCACUGACACCGCUGGCAGAAAAGGCGAACCUGGACAAGAAGAGCGAGGACGACGACCUGAGAGAGUCCGCGAAAAUGGAACAGCGACAUGCCCGUGUCAAGCCCCUUGCCUUCUCGGAGAACGACAGCGACAGUCUGAUGUUCAUCUGUAGUGCAGCGAAGCUGUUGAGCGAGGCCCAUGGCUUAGAUCUCGACUUCUGUGCAGAAACGCGAAGCUCAUCUGAGUCGGACGCACCUGAAACGCAUGAGGAAAACCGAUGUCUCGACGCGGAAGGUCCCGCAGAUGGAGGAAAAGCGAACUGCGACUAUCGCGUCGUCCGAAAACUUCUUCAGGCAGUUCAGAGAUUCCGCGGCGCGGCCUCCAUGUCUGCAGCUGCGAGAGACGCCUCGGCGGAUCCUCUCUCCGCUCUGGCGUGGAUUCGUGGGCAGCAGGGGAAGCACGAGGAACCUGGAGAGAGACCGACGCACAGCGCGGCUACGAAGCGAGCCCUAGACCACGACGAGGCUGUCGCCGAAUUUGGGAAUAUCGUGAGUGAGCAUUUGAAGCGUUCGAGACCUCAGCUCGAGAGAAGGCCAGAUCGCUCUGUGUCCACCCUCGCGCGUUCUCUUCGCCUGUUGAUAAAUCCAGAAAUGUCGCAACUGCUGCGUUCACAGCCUUGUUCGCCUGCCAAGCCUUCGUCUGCUUUCUCGCCUGAGGGGACGCCUCCUGCUUUCCCCGCUUCCGCGGCGGAGUCCUCGGCACCUGCGGUGCCACAGCUGAUCCCGAUGACGUACAACAAGGACUCUCCUGUUCACUUGAGUUUCCUGACGGCCACAGCUCGUCUGCGAGCCCGGUGUUUCCUUUUUUCUGACCUUCCAGAUCUCCUCGCAGUCCAGCAACUCAGCGGGAGAAUCGUCCCGGCGACCUCGACAGCCACGACGGUCGCUGCAGGCCUUGCCGCGCUCGAGGUCUACCGGCUCGUCCAGGCGAGUCUCUUGAGCGAGGCUGGAACGCGAAGCGAGAAAAGAAGAAGCCGAGUGGCAGCGGAACUGCCCGCACGGAGUCGAAGCGGGAGGGGCGCCGCGACGUCGGUUGCUUCGCCAUCUCGGACGUCCUGGCCGUCACUCGAGGCAACGUCUGCCUCUGCUGUUGGGCGCGAGCGAAGGAAGGGAGUGCAUGAUGGUUUGGAGCCUUGUCUGGUGAUGGAGGCGAAUCUCGGCCUCUCCGACGGUGACGAGAAGAGCUGCUUUUUUGGUGCAGAACUCGUGACGUAUCGCGGUUGGCAUCAGCGUUUGCCGCGAACGAGGAAGCGUCGAGAGAAGAUGCGACAGCGUCUACGGUCCUCCUUCUUCAAUUUAAGUGCUCCGUUUCUCACGCAAGCUGCCCCCCUCGCCCCGCCCUCGGCUUGCAUCUGUGGCGGCCGACUCAAGGGCCGAGGCUUCACGCCCUGGGACUGUCUCCGACUCGCGUUGAGGACGUCUGAGAGAACGUCGAGGACUGUGCCACGGUGCCGGCUUCGCAAGGCGAGAGUGAGAGAGAAGGAAAGAGCGGGCGAGGAGGAGAGAGCGGGGGAGAAGGAGGCGAUUAGCGGAGAGAGGUUGACGACGAGACGAAGAGACGACGAAGGCUUUCAGCACCAACAAGGCCGACAGGCGGUGCGUUUCCUGGAUGCCGAAAAAGAGGCCGGUGAAGAAGAAGAUGAAGACGAAGACGAAGCGAGGGGAGACGUAGCAGUGUCUCUGGUGACAGUCGAGGAGGUUGUGAGGAUGCUGGAAGAUACCCUCGGGGUUCGAGUGGUAGCGUUGACGUGUGAAGACUCGCUUCUCUACGCGCGCGACGAAGCCGAGAGCGACUUAGUUGAUUGGCGGGCCUUCUGGCCUUCGACUGGUGAGCAAGCCGAAACGAAUGGCGAGGAAGAGCUGUCGGCACGCGCAGGUAAGGGGAGGGGAACCGAGGAGGCAGGAGGCAGAGUUCUUCAGAGCCUUCGGAGGUUUUCAACCGAAUCGGACGCUUCUUCCGUGUCGACCACGACUCUUUCAAGUUCAUCGACAAGGUCGAAUCGAGAGGGUAAAGACCCGCCUGACAUUCGCUGGUCGCCCUCUCCCUCUGCUGUUCCCUCGUUUCCUCGUCCUUCCAGUGUUCCUGAGGCCGGAUGGAGGUCUCUGGAGGCGCCCGCCUCUUCGUCAUCAACGGGCACUUUGACGGACGAACUGUUGGCGGCGUCCGAGACGACAACGCACCUUCCCAACUUCCCUCGUUUCGACAGAAAAGCAUCCUUGGCUGACGCAGUCAGGACAGUCUUGCGUCGGACGCGCGGGGGACCUCCUGCGAGUAGAGAAAGCGAUUCGAGUUCACCGUGCAGAAACACGCAAGAGAGUGGCGGCGGACAAACAGCAAACACAGAUGGAGUCGACCGACAGUUUGGCCAUCUCGCUGCGCAAAGGAAAGACGAAGACGCCUGCUCGAGACGCGCUGGGAAGACACAGAGGGGACAGGAUUUUCUAACAUGGGUGAUUGUCGAUGUUGUCGCCGUGGACGAAGACAACAACGAGGUGGCAGUGCCUCAGCUCAAGCUCUGCAUAUCCAUGAACGAGGGAGAAACCAAGAACUGA